AUGGAUAAAGAUGCACUUAUUGGUAUUGCCAUUUAUCUCGCGUGUGAUGAUGCAAAGAAACCCAAAAAGAGAAAGAAAAGAUUCUGGGUUAAAGAAUGGUUGACGAAAAAAAACUCAUUCUCUGAUCAUAACCUUCUAAAAGAACUGCAGCUGUCACCUGCACCUGACUUUUUGCUAGCUACAACUUUCUUCAACUCACGACGAUAA